AUGCGUCACUUUCUGUUAGCCGGUUUGGCGUUUUCAGAUUGGAUUUUCGCAUCACUGGUAGGAAGUAGUCGCACUACAGUCAGCGCUGCAGAGAAAUGGAUCUUUGGUACCAAUUGGUGCCAUGGAGCUGCUUUCAUCAUCCGAGUUCUUCACCUCAGUACCUGUCUCCAUCUGUGCGCUGUGUCUUCCGAGCGAUACGAAGCCAUCGUUAGAGGGCCGCUCCACUACAGUAGCCGCACUACAAAGAAAAGAGCCUUUCUCGUAGUGGUACUGCUAUGGAUUUUACCAGUCCUUAUCUCUCUUGCCCCGUUCCUCGGAUGGGGAGAUUUUGUAUACAACCCGGAUAUUUUCGCAUGCGAGCAGAAGUGGGAGGGCUUAACAACAAUUCCACUAUCAAUCAUCACAUUUCUUGUGCCACUUGGAGUGAUCGUUAUUCCAAACUACCAAGUGCUCAAAGUUGUCCAUCGGGUUCAACGCAGCGUUGAAAUAAUAAAUAAAGGCGUUUGCGGCCCCAAGAGCGAGGGGACGAAUUCAAAAUCGCUGGAUUAUCCGAGCCAACAACAAUGCUCCAGAGAAGACCUAAAUCCAAAGCAACACGAUGAGCAACGCAAAAAUGAACAUUUAUCGCAGAAAAUGUUGACCAUCUCUCCUCAGACGCUAAAUGUGAUUGUGCAUAACACGCUGUAA